UGGUGCUGUAAACACCGCUGACGCUCAGCUGCGUGGCGGAGACAGCUCAAACCAAGGGCUGGAGCUGCUGUAUUUACGUAGGCUGGGCCAUUCAAACGCUGUAUUCACAUCUCAAGCCUCAUAUGCCAUCUCAAAGACGGUGCAGAAUCUCCUGUCUGAGGUGCAAUGGCUAGAAAGACAGACAUUCCUCCUUCAUACUAUGGUGAGCCACGCAACUUUGACCCGAGCUUCAGAGGACCUAUCCAUAACAGGGCCUGCACGGAUGUGUUGUGCUGUGUCAUCUUCGUCAUCGUCAUCCUCGGCUACAUCGCUCUGGGCACCGUGGCCUGGAUCCAUGGCGACACCAGGAAGGUGGUCUACCCCACCGACAGCCACGGACAGUUCUGUGGACAGCAAGGGACCCCCAACGCCAACAAAGCCAUAUUAUUCUACUUCAACAUAUUGCAAUGUGCCAAUCCUGCCGUUCUCAUUAACCUCCAGUGCCCUACAACCCAACUCUGUGUCUCCAAGUGCCCAGACAGAUUUGCCACAUACCUAGACAUGCAGUACAACUACAGGUACAACAACAGCUACUGGGAGUAUUACAGGCAGUUCUGCAAGCCGGGCUUCGACAAUCCUAGAAAGUCAGUUGCACAUGUCUUGAGAGAUGAGGACUGCCCAUCUAUGAUAGUGCCAAGCAGACCUUUCCUUCAGAGGUGCUUCCCUGACUUUAUCACCAGGAACGGGACGCUAACUGUCGCCAACAAGACAGACUUUAAAGAUGGGUUAGGUAAAACGAGGAGCGUGAUCGAUCUCAGGGACGCUGCCAAUGGCAUUACCAGUCUGCUAGAUGCCAAGGAGGUUGGCAUGAAGAUAUUUGAGGAUUACGCCAGCUCCUGGUACUGGAUCUUACUAGGUCUGGUGAUAACCAUGGUGGUCAGCCUGGCUUUUAUCCUGCUGCUACGGUUCACAGCCGGAGUUCUCCUGUGGCUCAUCAUCUUUGGAGUCAUCGCUGUGGUGGGCUAUGGGAUCUGGCACUGCUACUGGGAGUUCAGUACACUGAGAGGGAAGCCACACAGUGAUGGUGAUGUUACCAUCUCUGACAUCGGCUUUCAGACGGACUUCAGGGUUUACCUACAGCUCAGUCAAACCUGGCUCAUCUUGAUGAUCUCCCUAUCAGUCAUUGAGGCGGUCAUCAUAGUAAUCCUGAUAUUCCUGAGGAGGAGAGUACGUAUCGCCAUCGCUCUGCUGAAGGAGGGGAGCAGGGCCAUUGGUUACAUCAUGUCCACUCUCUUCUACCCGAUCAUCACUUUUGUGCUGCUGGCCAUCUGCAUAGCGUACUGGGCAGUCAUUGCUGUAUUCUUAGCGUCAUCUGGUGAUGCUGUCUACAAGGUCAUGUCGACGCAGGACAAAUGCAUGUAUGCCAACCUCACCUGUGAUCCAGAGAAGUUCAGUCAGACCAACGUGACCAUGGUGUGCCCAGGCUCCCAGUGCACCUUUGCCUUCUACGGCGGCGAGAGCCUCUACCACCACUACAUCUUUGUGCUGCAGCUGUGCAACCUGCUGGUGUUCCUGUGGCUGGUCAACUUUACCAUCGCCCUGGGACAGUGCACCCUGGCCGGGGCCUUCGCUUCCUACUACUGGGCCCUGAGGAAGCCCCAAGACAUACCAUCAUGCCCCUUAUUUUCAUCCUUUAGCAGGGCUGUACGGUACCACACAGGCUCUCUGGCAUUUGGCUCUCUGAUCCUGGCCUUUGUGCAGAUGUUUCGCAUCGUUCUAGAGUAUCUGGAUCACAAACUCAAAGGUGCUCACAAUGCUUUUGCCCGCUUCCUGAUUUGCUGUCUCAAAUGCUGCUUCUGGUGCCUGGAACAUUUCAUCAAGUUCAUGAACAGGAACGCCUACAUCAUGAUGGCGAUAUAUGGAAAGAGCUUCUGUACUUCGGCCAAAGAUGCUUUCUUCCUCCUGAUGAGGAACGUAGUAAGGGUGGCAGUGCUGGAUAAGGUGACAGACUUUCUCCUCUUCUUGGGAAAAGUGCUUAUUUCAGGGAGUGUUGGUGUUCUAGCAUUCUUCUUCUUCACCCGUAAGAUUCCAGUUAUUCAAGAGGAGGUGCCAUCACUAAAUUACUACUGGGUCCCCCUACUGACAGUGAUAUUUGGAUCCUACCUGAUCGCCCAUGGCUUCUUCAACGUCUAUGCUAUGUGUGUGGACACCUUAUUCCUUUGUUUCUGUGAAGACCUGGAGAGGAACGACGGCUCGCCCCUCAAGCCCUUCUACAUGUCCCCUCAACUGCACAGGAUCCUCCGCAGAGAGCAGGGCUCCAAGCUCUACGCUUCCUCCUGAUAGGCCACAACACUGAACCUCUUUCUCCUGAUAGGCCACAACACUGAACCUCUUUCUCCUGAUAGGCCACAACACUGAACCUCUUCUCCUGAUAGGCCACAACAAUGAACCUCUUUCUCCUGAUAGCCAGAACACCUGAUACACCGAAGGACUGUCCCAUUCAGCAUCUGUGUGUGGGGGUGAUUGUGUUCUGGAGGAUACUAGAGCAGGGCCUUAUGGCUGGGCUGGACUCAUGCAUGGAGGUGACCUGACGGGUCAGGACUGACCAGGAAGGCCAUGGCAGGACCCAAGAGGGUGGUGUAUGUGGGUGGGGUUUAGAAAGAGGCGGCGCUCUGUUCAACUUCCUCCCUCUCACCGCCUGCACCGCCGCUGAUACUUCUAAUAUUAGCCUUUUUUCUCUGCCGUGCUUCUGUCCCUUUCUUUGUUGUGUCGAGACUCUGCUGGCCUCUGCCUUACUUAGAGAGCGCUGCAGCAGCACAGUGGACGUGGGUGAAAUCGCCAUUAGCCCAAUACACUGCAAGAGGCACAUACACUGCAGAAGGAGAUCUCUGUAUUUCGGAUGCAAUUGGUGUAGUUUUGCAGAUGGUUGUGGGGCAAGGCAAGGGCGCCCCCAUGUGACACUACUGUGUUUGUGCAAUGGUUCCAUGUACUGUAAUGUAAGGUCACGUGUAGGGUGAAGUUGCCCUUCGACACUGAUCUUGGGUCAGUUUAGCAUUUUCCUCAACAAUGGUUAAGGUUAGGAUUGGGGAAGCUGAUCCUAGAUCUGUACCAAGGGGAAACUUCAUCCCAGAGCUAUUUUUAGGCGCGCUCAUGUGUUGGAAAAUAACCCUGAGGUGGCUUUUCUAUCUGCAUGAUUAUUUUAAUGGCUGUUUAGUCUUUGGUUGAAGAGGCACUUUUGGUCCACCAUAUUUAUUGGCACUGUUACAGACACAGUUCAAAACUUAACGUGCAAUGCUACGGAUAGAUAAACUGGACAUACUCCUGGGGCGGCAGGUAGCCUAGUGGUUAGAGCAUUGGACUAGUAACUGAAAGGUUGCAAGAUUGAAUCCCGAAGCUGACAAGGUAAAAAUCUGUUGUUCUG